GCGGCUAGCCAGUACAGGGCUGGCCAUGUAAGGCGCCCCCCACCCCUCCAGGAGGUCCCUGCCCUCGCAGUGCCCUGCAGAGAGCCUCGUGCAGCCCUUGGGCACCGCCCCUGCCCUGCCCUGACCCCUUGGCCUCGAAAUGCUGUCAUCAGAGGAGCCGUCCCGCUCGGGACAAGGCCAGGAUGGACAAAGCUAGAGCUGGGGCAGGCAAGGAGCCGUCCUGUCCUCGAGGCCGUGGGAAGAGAAGCACGCCCAGGAGGCCGCUGCGGAGCGCCUCUCUGCUCACCAGGCCUCUGCCGAGGGGCCACCAUGGCUCUGGCCCUGGCUGGCUGGCAGCUGGGGGCCCUGGUGUGGGGCAUCUGCUGCCUCUGCGUCCCGGUGCGCGGGCAGCAGCCGCAGGAGGCCGCCGCGCAGAGCGCAGACCCGGAGCGCUGGCGGCAGCUGAUCCAGUGGGAGAACAACGGGCAGGUGUAUAGCCUGCUCAACUCGGGCUCCGAGUACGUGCCGGCGGGACGGCCGGGCGCCCAGCGCGGCUCCCGGGUGCUGUUGGCGGGCACCCCCCAGGUCUCGCAGCGGCGGAGCUCCGGAGGACCCCGGCGCCGGCAGGCCCCGUCCCUGCCGCUGCCCGGGCGCGUGGGCUCGGACACGGUGCGGGGCCAGGCGCGCCACCCAUUCGGCUUCGGGCAGGUGCCGGACAACUGGCGCGAGGUGGCCGUCGGGGACAGCACAGGCAUGGCCCGGGCCCGCACCUCCGUCUCCCAGCAACGCCACGGGGGCUCCGCCUCCACCUCGGUCUCGGCCUCGGCCUUCGCCACCACCUACCGCCAGGCAGCCCCGUACCCACAGCAGUUCCCUUACCCGCAGGCGCCCUACGUCAGCCAGUACGAGAACUACGACCCCGCGGCGCGCACCUACGAGCAGGGCUACGUGUACUACCGCGGCGCGGGCGGCGGCCUGGGCGCGGGGGCGGCGGCCGUGGCCUCGGCGGGCGUGCUCUACCCGUUCCAGCCGCGCGCGCGCUACGAGGAUUACGGCGGCGGCGGCGAGGAGCAGCCCGAGUACCCGCCGCAGGGCUUCUACCCGGGCGCCGAAAGGUCCUAUGCGCCGCAGCAGCUGCAACCGCUGCAACCGCUGCAGCCCCUGCAGCCGCAGGCCCCCGACGGCCUAGACCGCCGCUACUCACACAGCCUUUACCACGAGGGCACUGCCGGCCUCCUCGAGCAGCCCGCCUACCCGGACCCGAGCCCCGACGCGGCCGCGCAGACCUACGGCGGCGACCCCCGCCUCGGCUGGUACCCGCCCUACGGCGGCAACGGGCAGCCCGAGGCCUACGUCCCGCCGCGGCCCGUGGAGCCGCAGCCCGCGUACCGCGCGCCCGAGCCGCCCUACCUGCCGGUGCGCAGCUCCGACGCGCCCCCACCCGGCGGGGAGCGGAACGGCGCGCAGCAGGGCCGCCUCAGCGUGGGCAGCGUGUACCGACCCAACCAGAACGGUCGCGGUCUCCCUGACUUAGUCCCGGACCCCAACUACGUGCAAGCCUCCACAUACGUCCAGAGGGCCCACCUGUAUUCCCUGCGCUGCGCUGCGGAGGAGAAGUGUCUGGCCAGCACAGCCUAUGCCCCCGAGGCCACCGACUACGACAUGCGGGUGCUGCUACGCUUCCCCCAGCGCGUCAAGAACCAGGGCACGGCAGACUUCCUCCCAAACCGGCCACGGCACACCUGGGAGUGGCACAGCUGCCACCAGGGUUCAGGGCAGGGCCUGAGCCCGGGCUGCUACGACACCUACAACGCAGACAUUGACUGCCAGUGGAUCGACAUAACUGACGUGCAGCCCGGGAACUACAUCCUGAAGGUGCACGUGAACCCCAAGUACAUAGUUUUGGAGUCUGACUUCACUAACAACGUGGUGCGAUGCAACAUCCACUACACAGGUCGCUACGUGUCUACAACAAACUGUAAAAUUGUCCAGUAA